GUCGCUGUAGGCACUGGGGAGACCCAGCAGUGGCAGUUGGGCUGCACCGGCCACCUGGGGCUGGUGGGCAGGACGCAGCCUUUUUGCUCUUCGGCUCCCUCCCAGCUCGGGCAUCUGCUGUCUCAGGCUUUGGCCCUGGGCCAGCGGUGUCUUCUGGACCAACAUGCUCAGCCACCACCCUGCCCACUGUUAGUCCUGGUGACGGCCAGGGCCUGAUGCUGGAAUGGCUGUUCUUGCUGAACAAACCAGCGAUGAGAACUAGCCUUGGCUGCCUGGACAGUGUGCUCUGGUAUAGCCUCUCUUCUUGGGGCCUGACAGUAGCACUUCCUGCUCGUAGCCCCAGACCCUAAGCAAGAGGUUCUCCAGGCGUGUUACCUUCCUUCCCUUCCCCUAAGGUUGCUCCUCCCUUUGUGGAGGUGGCACACUUCCCGGGGGUCUGUGGCCUGUGCCAUGACCAGGUGUGAGGCUGCAGCCCAGCCUGUUCCCCUCUCCUCUACACAGCUCCAUGUUCUAUGACGAGGAUGGAGAUCUCGCUCACGAAUUCUAUGAGGAGACGAUCGUCACCAAGAACGGGCAGAAGCGGGCCAAGCUGAGGCGGGUGCAUAAGAACCUGAUUCCUCAGGGCACCGUGAAGCUGGACACCCCCCGCAUCCACGUGGAUUUCCCUGUGAUCCUCUAUGAGGUGUGAGCCUGGGGGGUUUCAGGCCUAAGCACCUCCUGCCUCAGCAAGGAACCCUCAGGCUCAAGGUGUGGCUUCCACUGAGGACCUAGGCGGAAGCCACUGUCCUGAUUAAACUCCAUGGGCCUGGACGCUGCCGCUGGGAGCCGGGCAGCCCUGCAGUGUUGGUUGGGUGCUGGUUUGUCUUCGGAUGAGAGGUGGCUGGUAAGGGCUGACAGCGGAGUUACCAGCCUGCCUUCCCCGGCAGUGCCGAUAAGGGGCCUGGCAGGGCAUGUGCUGAUCGGGGCUGCCUGGUUCCUGUGCCCUGGCUUGGCCUGCUUGCUUCCAAGCUUGCCUGGGUCCCAACCCUACUGGGGCUACAGCACUUUACAAGUAAGGUCUUUCUUCCAGCCCCUGGGCUGCGGGAGCUGUACACAAGUGGGGACUCCCCUUCCCUCACUUCCUCUACCCGUUCGUUGGAGCAUUUCAGCCAUUUGCUACCUCGAUUCCUCCUCUGUUGGACAGAGGCUGGGGCAACACAAUCCUGAUUCCUCCUACCUACCUGCCCUGUGUUCCCACCCCAGACGGAGGGACAGUUUCCUGGCUGUUAACAGGAGGAGGGGCUGGUGUGGAGGCUUCUCCCUCUGCCCAGGGCUGGGCUGACCCCUCCCCACUGCAACUAGUUGCCCCUGGAGUCGUCCUUCCCCUCCCCGCAGUUGAGAAGGCAUAGGAUGGGAUCAGGAAGGGCUCUGGAUGCCGGUGCUCCCACCCACCUACUCCAUGUGAUCUCCCUUGCCUUUUGCACCAGUCCCCACACACACAUUGGGAAGACACCACCCUGUGGUGCCAAUAGCUCCGAGCCCACCACCCCUUCCCCUAUAGUGUGCCCAUCCCUUCAGGAUCAAUCAGGGGAAAGUAUUGGAGCCCCUGGGUAGGGACAGAGAGAACAACCAUAAAAGGUGUAAAAUGUGAAAGUUUGUAAAUAGUCUAGUCCAUGACAUUGUUGGGGCAGAGUCUGAUUUCUACAUAGAAAUGACUUUUUUUUUUAAUUCCUUACUGUGCAAGCUCUGUGCUUCCAGAGUAUGGGAAGUGGUGUGGGGAGGGUGGCCCCCAAUCUAGGAAGGCUGUUGUGUUACUGGUUCAGUUUCAAUAAAAUUAUUUGUAGACCCUGAA